AAAGCAAAGAUACGAGUCCCCGUAAGUCAACCGAUGGACGCAUCACAGCACCUCGUCUAAUUGCGGCAAUUCAGAAGAAAGAAAAAGAAAAGAGAGAGACAGAGACAUUUGCGCCUUCUUUCUUGCAAUCGCGUUUGAAUAAAAACAAAAGAAAUUCCUCUUCUUAUUCUCCCUCGCGCGAUUCAUUUCAUUUUCUCUUUGGAAUAACCUGCAGGGUUGCUUCCAUUUCAACAUGUAGAGCGCGCUCUUUGUUGUUUUCAUUUCUGACAAGUUCUUUUUUUUUGUUGCGUUGCAAAAUCCUUCUCCUCGAGGCGGCGGCAUGGAAAGCAUUGCCGCGCAGCUGAAGCGCGGCAUCUCGCGGCAGUUCUCGUCGGGGUCGCUGCGGAGGAACCUCUCGCGGCAGUUCACGCGCCAGGCCUCGCUGGAUCCUCGCCGGAACAACCAGCGCUUCAGCUUCGGCCGCCAGUCCUCGCUCGAUCCGAUUCGCCGCAGCCCCUGCUCCGGCAACGCCGAGCUCACCGUGCCGGAGAACCUGGACUCCACCAUGCAGCUCCUCUUCAUGGCCUGCCGCGGCGACGUCAAGGGAGUUGAGGAUUUGCUCAACGAAGGCAUCGACGUCAACAGCAUCGACCUCGACGGCCGCACCGCCCUCCACGUCGCCGCCUGCGAAGGCCACGUCGAAGUCGCCAGGCUACUUCUCAGCCGCAAGGCCAACCUCGACGCUCGCGAUCGCUGGGGCAGCACGGCGGCGGCCGAUGCCAAAUAUUAUGGAAAUACAGAAAUUUAUUACAUGUUGAAGGCUCGUGGAGCAAAAGUACCGAAAACCAGGAAGACUCCAAUGACUGUUGCGAAUCCUCGUGAAGUUCCGGAAUAUGAACUCAACCCGGUAGAACUACAGGUUCGGAAGAGUGAUGGUAUUUCAAAGGGAACAUACCAAGUAGCUAAAUGGAAUGGCACAAAGGUUGCAGUGAAGAUACUUGACAAGGACAGUUAUUCAGAUCCUGAUACCAUAAAUGCUUUCAAACAUGAACUCACAUUAUUAGAAAGGGUGCGACAUCCGAAUGUGGUCCAGUUUGUUGGAGCUGUCACCCAGAAUAUACCUAUGAUGAUUGUGCGUGAGUACCAUUCUAAGGGUGACCUGGCAAGCUAUCUUCAAAAGAAAGGGCGUUUGUCUCCAUCAAAAGUUCUACGCUUUGCUCUUGAUAUUGCCAGGGGCAUGAACUAUCUUCACGAAUGCAAACCAGAUCCGGUUAUUCACUGUGAUUUAAAGCCAAAAAAUAUUUUGCUGGAUAAUGGAGGGCAAUUGAAGAUAGCUGGAUUUGGCACUGUGAGAUUUUCGCUAAUCUCACCUGAUGAAGCAAAGCUGGUACAGCCAGAGCCUAACAUUGAUCUUUCAAGCUUGUACGUGGCACCGGAGAUUUACAAAGAUGAAGUUUUUGAUAGAAGUGUGGAUGCAUAUUCUUUUGGUCUCAUUAUAUAUGAGAUGAUAGAGGGUACACAUCCCUUCCAUCCCAAGUCCUCGGAGGAGGCAGUUAGACUGAUGUGCUUGGAAGGGAAAAGACCAGCAUUCAAGAUCAAAACAAAACAUUAUCCUCCAGAGUUGAAAGAGUUGAUCGAGGAAUGUUGGGAUCCAACACCUGUUGUCAGGCCAACAUUUUCUCAGGUCAUUGCACGGUUGGACAAAAUCGUUGCAAAUUGCUCAAAACAAGGAUGGUGGAAAGAUACUUUUAAACUCCCUUGGAAAUAAAUAACAAAGUACAUACUACGUGGCAAGGAAGACAUCAAGUUCAGGGUUGCAUCCUCAAAACCAAUUUGUCAGCUUCAUGGUGGUGUACUGUUAAUAGCCCUUGCAAUUAAUAAUUUUGGAAUUCGAAUAAUAUUAACUUGAGCUUGGAUUAAUUUGAGCGUGAAAAUGAAUUUGCAUGGUUCGUCCUAUGUUCCUGUCUACUAGAGGGCUGGAACAGCUCCUCUCUGUACAAUGUACCAUAAAGGAGAUAUAACAUCUCAGAAAUUUUCUUAUAAAAAUGUUUUUCUAUUCGCGUCUUUUUGCA